AUGAAUUCGCAUCCGCCAAACUCUUCAUCAGAAAAAAUUUCGGAGAUCAGUAAUAAUGCUAUUGUCGACAAGACGCAUUUGGCAUCCGUGUGUACACACCUUUGUAAUCAACUAAGGACCAUCACUAACUUGUUGAUUGAUUUUGCUGUGGAUGUUUGUGAUGAAUCAGCAAAUGCACUUAGUUUGCUUCGCGAAUUAGAGGACAAGGUAUUGCCGUUUCUGAUAAACUUAGAUGUCGAAAUGGCGGCAACAGAAAAACUUAUCCGGAUAAACAUUGAUACAGCAAGGAUUAGUGACACUAAAGUAGACUGGUUGUUGAAAUUCAAUAAGUGCAAGCUGGAAAUGCGCGAAAUGCUGGCUACCCUUUCUGGUGCAGUGUAUGAAGAUCUGGAACGAGUGCUAUCGUUGAGGUGCCGAGCAAGUUUCCCGAGGAUUCCCAGAUGUUGGCUUUGCCAAAGAUUCUCGGUGACUGGAGUCUUCACUUCUAUGAAUGUUAAUAGUGACCAAGCGAAUUCCUUCGGACGACGUGAAGAGAAUUUAUGGUGUAUGUAUUGGUGUGUAGAGCUGAAGAAGAGCAGGUUACUAGAAUCAAUGAUCAUAGAAUAUAAACGACAGCUCAAAAGAGGUAAAGAAGAGAAUGCGGACAGCAAAGAACGGAACUGGGUUUGGAUACGAGUUGCGGUGCGAAGGGUGGAGAAGAGGAUUAUUAUCAGUACAACAAAUGAAGCGGCAUUCCUUGCUCUUAUGUGCUUCGCUAUUACUGUCCAGAUUGCAUUGUCAUUGGGAUCUUAUUCCGGUCAUGCUACCCCGCCGAUGUAUGGUGAUUAUGAGGCUCAAAGACACUGGAUGGAAAUAACGUAUCAUUUGCCUGUUAAUCAAUGGUACGUAAAUAGCAGUGAUAAUGAUUUGAAUUACUGGGGAUUGGAUUAUCCACCUCUUACGGCUUAUCACAGUUGGCUUCUCGGGACUGUAGCGAACAAGCUCAAUCGUUCAUGGCUGGAGCUGCAUACAUCAAGGGGAAUCGAGACAGAAUCUCACAAAAUCUUCAUGAGAAUAACUGUUUUAGCAACAUAUUGGACAGUUUAUGUUUCUUCUUUGUUACUUUCAAUCGGCUUUUUCCGCAAUAUUGUAUCUUGUAAAAUGUUUAAUUAUUGUUCAGUAGCUGUGCUGUACCCUGGAUUACUGGUUAUGGAUAAUGGCCAUUUUCAAUAUAAUCAUGUAUCACUUGGUUUAUUUCUCUUUUCAUUUGCUUGCUUCACUUCAAAUUAUCUUAAAUUUGGUUCAAUGUUUUUUGUGCUGGCGUUAAACUUCAAGCAAAUGGAGUUAUAUCAUGCCCUACCGAUUGCCACUUAUUUAUUGUCAAAGUCAUUUCCGAACAAUAAUCGACUAAGCGCGAUUCAGAGAUAUCUUUCUUGGGUAAAGCAGUUAUUCAUACUAUUUAUUACUGUCGUUACUACAAUUGGGUUCGUCUGGUUUCCCUUUUUUGUCACCAGAUCUGAUUUGAUACAGAUUUUGCAUCGGAUUUUUCCAUUUUACCGUGGCAUUUUCGAGGAUAAAGUAGCGAAUUUUUGGUGUUCUAUUAAUGUAUUAUACAAAUUGAAGGAUAAUUUUGAAAUGCUAGUCUUGUUGCGGAUGAGCGCCAUAAUGGUUCUUGUAACGAACAUUCCAUGGUUAUUGUGUUUGUUUCACUACCCGACAGUGAUCAACUUCAAAUAUGGCUUGUUGGCAUCCAGUUUAUCCUUCUUUUUGUUUUCAUUUCAAGUUCAUGAAAAAUCAAUCCUUCUUGUAGCACUACCUGGUAUAUUAUUAUGGAAUGAAAAUCCUGUGUUUGUUUCCUGGCUACUGAUCAUUUCAAAUACAAGUCUCUAUCCACUGUGCAUCAAAGACGGCAAUGCUAUUCAUUUAGCUCUGUUUAUCUUUUAUUAUAUUAUUUCAUGUUCAUCUUUCUCAAAACUUUCGCGAAUGGUAGUUCAUGGAAGCUGCUUGACAUCGUUGAUGUUAUGUUUGACAAACUUACUUUUUGCGCCACCAGCACGAUUUCCUGACAUUUUCUCUCUUUUGAUAGCAGUUUACUGUUUUAUUCAUUUCAUAACGUUUUUUUUGUAUAUUAAUUUGAUUGCAUUAAGGUUCAGAUUUAAGAAACUGAAAACUGUAGAGUCAUUUUUUAUUUCAGUUUAUGACUCCUAA